AUGCAUGGCCCGAAAUCAGUCCUCUGCACCCAAGUCCUACCCCUUGAAUGCGCACAAUGCCUGUCUCCACCUCCGCUGUUACACCCGUCAUCAUCGUCUACAUCGCUCGCGACGCAAAUUCAUGAAUCUGGCCAGUCGGGUCAGCUCCCCCGGCCACCUAGCUUGCACAAAACCGAUGCUGGCAUCUCCCUGCCGACCAACUUCUCUGGCGCGUCCACAACCGUCGACUCGGCACCCGAAAGCCCCACUAUAGAACGGCAUGAGCUAUUCAUGCCCAGUGAUAAACUGACUGAUCAAGCCAAACGCUUCAAAUUCAGCGGUGCGCAAGGAGACACAUGUGCUAGCUGCAGCUUGGUGGUUCCAGAGGAUAUCACGAGAAAGCUUCCAGACGGUGCGCCCGGUAGCUUGAAGGCAGACGGCAAGAGCAAGAAUGGCGCUCCUGUACUUCGAUCGCGGGAGGUUGUCUGUCUAGGCUCUGGUGACCAUUCUGCGCCAAACGAGGAACCGAGGCUUUCCAGUUCGCACAACUCCAGCGAAGGCUCAGAUGGGGCUUCUUCGCUGCGUUCUUGCGGCUCGCUUUUCUCCACCUGUCAUGAUCACCUGCUAACAUAUCUCACGUCGCGAGAUCUUGACGAUCCAGACCGCUUCUCUGCCCUUCGAGCGUCCGUUAUCCGAACACUGUCACGUGAGUUGCUCCCUGCCGGAAUGUCUGACGGCCCUUUCUGCUUCGGAGAUUCGACCAAUGGUUACACAAUUGCCUACGUGUUCCGUCUUCCUGAUCCCAAGGCUCGAGGUCGUCGACGCCUCUAUGCCUUCGUGGCCCUGGCCGGCAAUGAUGCAAGUCGAGCCUUCCGUGCUUGUCCAUUGGUAUGGGAAGCUUUUUCGAAAAUGGCCCAGUCCAUUGAGGCUGCCGCAGUUGAAUCCCAAGAGGCGCAGAGGAAGAAAGAUGAAGAGGAACAAGAAGCUGGCAGGGCACGCAACUACACUCCGGUAUCGUCAUUCCUGGUUCAGCGAGCCGUUGAUCCCGACGGAAAUCCAAGAAAGGCAGGACAGAUCGCAGCGAGGAGUCUAGCGGAUAUUGUGGGUAACGACAAAAUCUUUUCUGAGAUCCAUUCUUAUUUCGUGUCUCUUCUACACCAUCUCGGCGCCCUGUACGGUGGAUUGCCGUUAUCCGAGACUAACGCAGUCUGUCAAACCACCGUGCAAGAAGACGGAUUGGACUUGAGAGCAAGACCGCAGAGUGUUCACACAGCGGGCUUCAAGACCAAGGACGUUGAAAAACUCCGCGACCAAGAUGCAACACCAAGACCGAACUCAGGUGAUGCGACCACGACGAAGAUCAGUCCAUCAGUUACUCAGUGCGCUCCAAUCCCAAUCGACCAGCCUGCUCAACGACGGGUGGUUGUCUAA